GGCCCACGAUUAAAUUACUUAGGCCUUCAAUGGCAUUCAUCCUUCCUGCAUCUGGAGAAGUUGAAAACCAGUGGUAUUAUUGAGCCGAUUCAGACGCUGAGUGGCGGUUGCAACCGGUGACCGCCCGCUUUUACGGCGGUUAUCUCAUUGCAUCCCUACGUGGGGAGCUAUUUGUAUCCCUACCGAGUCGUUUUGGAUUAUAUCGGAUUGAGAUCAUGUCGCUGAGACCAAAUGCUAAAGCCGAUGUUCGCCGGAGCCGGUAUAAAGUCGCCGUUGAUGCCGAUGAUGGCCGGAGAAGAAGAGAGGAGAACAUGGUGGAGAUCCGGAAGAGUAAAAGAGAGGAGAGCCUGCUUAAGAAGCGCCGCGAGGGUCUUCAACCUCAGCAACUCCUUAGCUUAGCUUCUGCUGCCUCUCUUCUCGAUAAGAAGCUAGAGAGUCUCCCUUCUAUGGUUGCUGGCGCUUGGUCAAAUGACGGGAAUAUGCAGCUUGAAGCAACUACUCAGUUCCGGAAGCUCCUUUCAAUAGAACGAAACCCGCCAAUUGAAGAGGUCAUACAAUCUGGAGUUGUUUCUCGUUUUGUCGAGUUUCUUGCCAGAGAUGAUUAUCCUCAACUUCAGUUUGAGGCGGCAUGGGCUCUUACUAAUAUUGCAUCUGGGACUUCAGAAAACACGAAGGUUGUCAUUGAUCACGGUGCUGUUCCAAUUUUUGUGAGACUUCUUAGUUCUCAAAGUGAUGAUGUUCGUGAACAGGCUGUUUGGGCAUUAGGAAAUAUUGCUGGUGAUUCACCCAAAUGCCGUGAUCUUGUGCUUAACAGUGGUGCUUUGCUGCCAUUGUUGGGGCAGUUCAAUGAGAACUCUAAGCUAUCCAUGCUGCGUAAUGCAACCUGGACUUUGUCGAAUUUCUGCAGAGGCAAGCCUCAGCCUCACUUUGAGCAGACAAAGGAUGCCCUACCCACACUUGCUCGUCUUAUACACUCAAAUGAUGAAGAAGUCCUGACAGAUGCGUGCUGGGCUCUUUCCUACCUAUCUGAUGGCACUAAUGAUAAAAUUCAAGCUGUAAUUGAGGCUGGAGUCUGUCCCCGCAUUGUUGAACUUCUACUUCAUACUUCCCCCUCUGUUCUUAUUCCAGCUCUUAGAACAGUCGGUAACAUUGUUACUGGAGAUGAUGUCCAGACUCAGGUCAUCAUUGACAAUCAGGCUCUUGGUUGCCUUCUUAACUUAUUGACUCAACAAUACAAAAAAAGCAUCAAGAAGGAAGCAUGCUGGACAAUAUCUAAUAUCACAGCUGGAAAUAGGGAUCAAAUACAGGCUGUUAUUAAUGCUGGCAUAAUUGGACCUCUUGUCUAUCUGCUCCAAAAUGCUGAGUUUGAGAUAAAGAAAGAGGCUGCUUGGGCAAUUUCAAAUGCUACAUCUGGUGGAUCUCAUGAACAAAUCAAGUUCUUGGUUGCACAGGGAUGUAUUAAGCCAUUGUGUGAUCUUCUAGCCUGUCCUGAUCCAAGAAUUGUGACUGUCUGCUUGGAAGGCCUGGAAAACAUUCUGAAGAUUGGGGAAACUGAGAAAGAUGCAGAUGGUGUCAAUGCAUUUGCACAGUUGAUUGACGAAGCUGAUGGAUUGGAGAAGAUUGAAAGCCUUCAGAGUCAUGAUAACAAUGAAAUAUAUGAGAAGGCUGUGAAGAUCCUUGAGACUUAUUGGUUGGAAGAGGAUGAAGAGCAGCUUCCAUCCGGCGAUGCACCACAGUCUGGAUUCAACUUUGGAGGCAGUGAACUUAAUGUUCCAUCUGGUGGAUUCAAGUUCGGUUGAAGCAAUGGAAAUGUGUACUUGAGGCACAUUGUCAAGUGAUAGAAUUAUAUUUGAAGUCAGAGGUGGAUUCGCUAGUUUGAGAUACUUCCAAUCUCUGUGCCUAUCUCUCAUAGGUGGCUACAUCAUAAAUUAUAAGGUCAGAUGCUCUCUGCUAUUAUAAAAGAUGAUUUGUUUGGACAGUCUUUGUUGUUUUUUUGUCCCAAAAAAGAUUCAUUAUUUGGACAGUAAUUUUUUUUUGGGUAUUUUCCAUUCCUCCCCUCCGCUCUCCACGCCAGUUUUCAUUGUAUAAUUUAUCUGCAUUGUAAUGUGAAGUUCCCCCUCCCCUUCCCCCAGAUAUAUUGAAAUACUAUACGAGAAGUGCCACAUGUAAGAAACAUUAUAAUAUUUGAACGGACUGCGUCGGAGCCAAUUUUAUGCUUAAAAGUUGUACUCAUGAGCGAUUUAAGAUGUAAUUUGUCAGGUCACGAGAACGUUUUAUGCAAUGUAGUCAAAUAUAUUGUGCAAAUUUACAUCACACAAAUAUUUGAAUGCAUUUCAUGACAUCUUACAUUUCCUUGGCUGUUGCUUAUAU